UCCCUUGCUUGAAGAUGAAAGCCUAUUGUUGCCCACUCCCCAUUCAUCCAAACCCACCUCACAAAACCUCCCUCUUCACUCCAAUGGCUUCCAUUCCCACCUUCUCUUCUCUCACCACAAUCUCUCCCCAUUCAAACCCCAACCACCACCACCACUCUUGCACACUCCCUCUCACCUCUCUCUUCGGAACCAGAAUCACCCUCCACCGCCCCGCCUCCUCUCGUUCCCUUCAUCUCAACACCAAUUGCCGCGCAACCUCAGCAACGGUGUCGUUUAGCCUCCCCACCCCGAAACCUCAACCGGAUGCACCUGAGAAAGUUCCAAAGUGGUCGGCGAGGUCGAUAAAGUCGUUUGCAAUGGGGGAAUUGGAAGCGAGGAAGCUCAAGUAUCCUACCACAGGAACUGAGGCACUUCUCAUGGGGAUUUUAGUUGAAGGAACAAGUAAAGCUGCAAAAUUCUUAAGAGCCAAUGGAAUUACUCUUUUCAAAGUACGUGAUGAAACGGUAGAGCUACUUGGGAAAUCUGACAUGUAUUUCUUCAGUCCAGAACAUCCUCCUUUGACUGAACCCGCUCGGAAAGCCCUUGAUUGGGCAAUUGAUGAGAAAUUAAAGUCAGGUGGAGAAGGGGAAAUAAACGUGGCUCAUUUACUUCUAGGAAUUUGGUCACAAAAAGAAUCAGCAGGUCAACAGAUCUUGGCCGGUCUAGGUUUCAAUGAUGAAAAAGCCAAAGAACUUGCAAAAUCAGUUGAUGGAGAUAUUGACUUGAGUUACAGGAGAACAGCAUAGAAGAUAUUUUUCGACAAAGGUUGAUUGAUAGCUAUUGACCCUUGGUGUUGCAAGUUCCUCUAGGGGAAAUUAACAAUGCUCUUAGUUCCAAAAAAAAAAUGCUCUUCCCUAAUUUUAUCAACAAGUGCCGCCUGCAAGCAUUGAUGUCCUUCAGACUUCUAUGUCAAAUAUGUUGUACACUAAUUUCCAAUUGGGGAUGAUGCGUUCUUAUUCUUUUUAUACAAGUUUUGUUCAAGUCAAAUCUUUUAACAGGGUGUGAUGGUGGAAUUACAGUCUCAAGUUGCUUAAUCUUCCCCUUGUAAUGUUAUUCCCCUUCUAGAAUUUGAGAUUUAUCUGUACCACUUUUCCUUACAUCUGAGCCUUUUCAUCAUAAAAUUAAAUGUAAUGAACCCUUAAAAGAUCUUAAGAUGCAAGAAAGAAUUGAUUUGUUCAUGUGUAUUUGCA